ACUGUGUAUUUUGUGGUGAAAAAACAUUUAAUAAAAUAAUACAAUUUACAUCGGAAAUAUUAAAAAAAUGCAAGAUUGUUUCGGAAUAUCGGCGAAGUAAGCCGAUUCGCAGAAAAUCCCGCGUCACAUUUAAUAUCGAAAUUUUUUCAAAUGGAAGAUCAAUGCAACGAACGGACGGUUAUCACGCGCAGUGCUAUAAACUAUUCACAGCGAUUAAAAUACCGCCUGAUUUCCUAAACCAACAGGAAAAUGAAUCAAUAUCUGACUCUGCACAGGAAAUUUCGGGGGAAGAUUCCGAAUUGCUUGUUCCGGUUAGUUCCACGACAACACAGGUUGCUGAUGAAAAAGAAGCGGGAGAAUCCAACUUAGAGCAAUACUUCGAGGAUCCUGAUGAUGGGCACUAUCACGCCGAUGAACCCUUAGUAAACGAAUGCAGAGAGCGUUGGAAGAACCUCCGAGCAGUUUACGUGAGACACAAAAAAUAUGCGAAGAAUGGCAUGGGGACAAGGAAACCGUACUAUUUAGAGGAGGCCAUGGAAUUCACGUUGCCAUACAUAAAAACGUUGAACCCCACAUCAGCGUAUACUUCCUCUACAGCAUCCAACGACACUAUAUACGAUGAUCAGGAUGAAGAUACCAAACCGUUAUGCCAAAUUCAAUCACCAGAAACAAAUCUACGAGAAGCAACACCGCCACCACAAGGCCCACUCAACAAUCAGUCGUCUAAGAAGAGACCGAAUGAAGAAAACAACGACUUCCCGGAGAAUUUGACAUCUAAAAUAAGUAAAAUUACAGAUAGUUUGAAUCCUCAAAAGGAUGCGAACACUUUGUUCCUGCUAAGCUUGUUACCAGAUUUGAACGAGAUGUCGAGUCAACAGAUAAGGACGUUUAAAAAGAAAGUUCUCGAUUUAAUUGAUAACAUCUUAGUGCCAAGUAAUACUGUAAAAGUUGAGCCUAUAACCGAUUGAGGUCUAAAGCGUGGAAUUGUUUAGUUCUAUACAAUGUGUAACCAAAUUACGAAAUGCUGUAAAAAUAUUUUUGUUGCAAAUAUUAUAUAAUUCAAAACAUCGUGAAACCAAAGAAAACAAAGUCUUUUCCUUUGACAACCCUAUUGAAGAUAAAAGAUCGACACGCGCAUAGUACCUAAUAAAGUGACAGGAGUCGCUUGAUUUAAAGAUUCCUUUCUUUCAGUAAAAAUGGCAGUGGUCUACUCAAAAAGUAGUAAGUAACGUUUCGGACAGCAAGACGGACAAGUCUCUGAGACAAUAAAAAAUUUAGCUCUAAAGCCUGUGAAGUAAU